AUGAGUGAUUGUGAUGGCAACUUCGUGGAAAUGACGUCGUGUUGGGCUCCACUGUCCACUCCUAGCCCAAGAACGAUACUGGCGAUGAUGGGUCAAACCAACGAUGGUCUGAAUCCAAUCUCUGAGAUCUUCCCUCAAACCAACUUACCAAGAGACCAUGCUGAUCAGUCCGGACAAAGACCUGGUCUCGGCGAGAGAUUAGCUGCAAAAGUAGGACUUAAUCUUCCCAGACUCGACAUAGAAAACAGAAGUCCUUUGGAUGCAUUUUUCAGGAGCGCGGCUGCUCCUUCUCCUAUCGGUGCAAUCCCCCCAGGAUUUAGCCCAUCAACACUGUUGCAAUCUCCCAAAAUGGUCACUGAUUCAUCACAGAUAAUUCCUCAGUCUUUAGCCACAAAUUACAGACCUGAAGAGAUGGUAAAACCUUCCGGUGAAGACAAUGCAACGGCGAUGAUAUUCAACAACGAUCUUCCUUAUCAAUCUAUAAAUGUUGAUCAGCCUCCUCUAGACGUUUUUGAUGACAUUCUAACGGAAGAGUCAAUUUAUAUGCCACCUUAUGAAUCUCAUGUUGAGCGCCCAAUUGGUGCUCCGGUUGUCCCUUCCUCUGAACCUGAGUUCGUUGGCGAUACCAAUGUCAACUUCAACUCCAUUUUGGAGAGUCAGAGCGAGGAUGAAAACGAAGAUGAAACAGACUUCGAAGAUGAAGAUGAAGAUGAAGAUGAAGAUGAAGAUGAAGAUGAAGAUGAAGAGGAACAGGAAGAGGAAGAGGAACAUGAAGAUGAAGAGGAACUUGAUGAUGCAGCACCUCCAUCUCCGAAGAGAAGGCGAUUUGAGGUAUCCUCAAACAUGAUUGGAGCUACAAGAACAAGCAAGGCACAAAGGAUCAUACUUCAGAUGGAAAGCGAUGAAGAUAAUCCAGAAGAUGGCUUUCGCUGGAGAAAAUACGGACAGAAGGUUGUCAAAGGAAAUCCUAAUCCUAGGAGUUACUUCAAAUGCACAGUCAAUGGAUGCAACGUGAAGAAACAUGUGGAGAGAGGAGCAGACGAUUUUAAGAUACUUGUGACUUCGUACGAUGGUAUUCACAACCAUCCUCCCCCACCUACACGUAGUAGACUCACUUCCGGUCCAAGGAAUCGGUCUGGUAUAACAAUGUCUCAAAAUCAUGGCAAUCGAACCAGUCGGGCUCCUGUUCCGUCUUCUUCAGUCAUCACAUCUAUGGAGAUGAUGCCUAUCACUUCGUUUACUCCACAAGUUGAUCUGACUCGGGUUUAUAAGACCGGACUCUCUAAACUGCCGAACAUACCAGCUUAUCAGAAUCCCGAUUAUACGUACCAAAAUGCAGAUGAACAGAUAAUAAAUGUGGCACAUGAUGAUGGUUCAGGGAUAUACGGUGGGAUCAUGCAUCGUCUAUUUACUGGUUUUGGUAUGAACUUUGACUUGUAA